AUGAAUGGCGACGCGGGUCUUGUCGCUUGUCUCGUGGAGAGGCUGAGCACCAGGUUACCACACCGCACUGGCACCCAGAGUGAAGACCUUGAUCAAGAUGAGAUUGUAAACAUCACACGCUCUACGAUUGUGAAGGUCAGCGCCACCUCGAUUGCUGCUGUCCUCGACGCCCUCCUCUCCCUGCUCGCCGACCUUGCGAAACCGUACAAAAACGUCGGCGGGCACCCCUCCCAUAUUCUCCUCUCGGAACUGUAUAUCCUGGCUCUCGUGGCAGACUGCUGCGAGAGCCAUUGGAAUGCGGUCACAGUGCGGUCCGCCCGUUCGGGUGGUCCGCCGCUGACCAGCGCCCAGAGGGCCCAGCUUCCGUUACCCCGGGCCUUGGACGACGACCUCGUCAAAAGGUUGUUCCAAUCAGUGAGGCUGUUCCUUGUUCCCAUCUCCGACAACUACUCCCUGCCAGCUCGAACCAUUCUCGACGACCACACCUCGCGCCGGCCCGAGACGGCGCAGUCCUCCCGCGAGACCCCUCAGACACCGCUGUCCAGGAUGUCUGACGAAGGGCAAGACACAUACACCAUCCUCGAGGUCCACACCCAGGAGAUAGAGGCAAAUGUCAAAUCCAUUGUCGAGUAUGUGACGGCCUCGAGCUGGCCGUCGGCUUUUGAUUACUUCAGAGCAACUAUCUAUGCGGUGCGGGCGACCAGCGUCUCACAAGGGCCCGUGGUGACGGUGCAAGCGACUGCCACAGAAGAGGAGCGGUUAGCACUCAUCAUCAUGCGGCUCAUCUCCUUCUUCUGGGUAGACAGACAGAAACUCGGGCUGGUCAUUCAGGAACUCUGCUCCAGUUUCUUGCACUUCCGGAGGACCUUCCAGAAUACCAUUGCUGUUGUAACACCACUGCUCAUCACCCGCUGGGUCGACCGUUAUCCUGAUGAGUUCGUGGAACUUCAUACGGUGCAGAAGAGAGUCGACACUGGCCCAGACACCCUUUUCGAUAUGUCGCAGACAGUGACUGACAACGGAAGGAGAAGGGUUCUCCUAUAUCCGCUGCAGAUGAGCCUUCUUUUAUUGCUUCCGGACGUCUUCGAAGUAGCCAGUGACUUACGGGAAGCUAGGAGCAGCAGCAUGUCCAAGAAGGUUGCCUUUCUAGACAGUCUGAGGAAAGCCAUGCGGAAUAAGAACGAGCAUGCGGCAUACUGUCUAGUCUCACUGCUUCGCGCUGCUCGUCAUUUUGAGAUCGACAGCGAUUCAUCCCUUGUGAGCUACGCCAUGGAUGUGCAGGACGAGGUCAAGGAGGCUGUGUUUCGUCGGUAUCCUGCGGGCUCCGACGGCUCCCUAUUCGAGCAGGAUAUCCUGACUGCGGCGUUUGUCAGUCUAACCCACCUCAAUUUUGAAGUGUGCGCCGGUUCUCUCGCCCAGAGUUGCCUCGUCCCUUCUGCCCCUCAGGCAUUCAAGGUCGCAGUUAUUCAGGCCUGUUCUCAUUUUGCUAGAUUGGAGAGCCCGCAACAGUAUCAGCCGCUCUUUGUCACGGCUUCGGCCUUCGUACAGGGUCAGUUAAAGGCCACGUCUGCAUUCUUUGUAGACAUGUACACCAAUGACUCGCCUUCCCAGCGCAAGAGCUCCGACUCCAUCUCUUCCAGUGUCAUGAUUUGCAACAUCCUCGAUUUUCUCGAUGCUUCGCCCAGGACAUUGUUCCUGGGCCCACCCGAGGGCCUCGAGGAACGCGAUCGUUUCUUCGAGGAGAACUUCGAGUCGUUCAUCUCGUGUAUCAUUGCUUCCGAUGAAUCGAUCCGGCGGUUAGCUGUGGGGGUUGCGAAACGUCUAUUUGCUGACGACAUGAUCUCGAAAUCCAUCAAAGACUCUACUCGACUAGACUCGAGCAGUUCCCUCGUUCUCAUGAGCAUGUGUGAAAGAGGCGGUGUCCAUGGAUCAUUGAGCGCCGGGUUGAAAGCCAUUCACAGCUACCUCGAAGCUAGAGUGCUCCUCUUGUCUUCUGUUCGCGGACUAUCACAACUCUCUGAGGAGGUCCCUGACCGAACGGCCGCAUCCUCAAAACUUGAAACCCUCUUCUUGGUAUCACUCUGCUCAGCAAGUAUCGAAACGUGUCAAUUAGUAACAUCCUGCAUAUCGCUCUUUCUGGAAGAAUGCAGGAUCAUAGACACGGCCUCUGGCGGCGCGAAGUCAUCUUCCACAUUAUUGCGGAAUGGCGAAACUUUCCGGGAGAUUGCUUCUCCAGGUUUCCGUUUCACGGGCCUGGUUGCAUUUCAGCGACGGAUCAAUGGCCUCUUGCGACGCAUGCAGUACCCUAGCAGCGGAAUUCUUAACGCAUGGGAGGCCGUGUUCGAGAAGUGGCUUCACCUGUCCAAGGACGUCUCCACCAUCGCCCCAGAAUCCGUCUCGGAAAAGACGGUGGUGCAGUGGAGGAAUUAUUCGGGCUUUUUGGCAUCGCUGGGUGGUACUUGUACAGCUGAUCAGGGUUCGGUGCUCGAUGAGCCUGCCAUCAGUGGUCUGAGGUGGAUUGACAGGCUCUCUUCCGAGAAUCACGAAGAACCGCUUCUGGGCAGAUACUUGAGGCUUAGUGUCCAGCUGCUCGCUUGCAGCAAUGUUCGAGUUCGGGAAACAAUGAGGGAAGUUUUGUCGAGCGAAGUUUCCCCAAGUCUGUAUCAGCCCUUGUUCAGAGCUCUGGAGUCAGAACUUGAUGUGCUGUUUACCGGAGCACUCGAGCAGUCAACCAAGGAACAAGACAGCGAGAUCAUCUUUGCAGAGCAAUCUGCCUCACUGCUGCGAGCGCUUAUAGAAAAGCUUGACACACCCUCGGACCUGAGCGCUGCGUCAUCAGUACAUCUUGGCUCUUUAACCCUGAAUUUCGCCAGAUUUCUCGAUGGCGCUCCCGACACGUCCAGCAGUCUCAAGGUCAAGAUUCGGGUGUGCCAAUUGUCCGAGGCUGUCACGAAACGCAAAGAACAUCUGAAUCUACGAGACGAUGUGCGCGUUCGAAACCAAUUGCUCGAAUAUAUUUUCAGCUGGAUUGCCCGUCCACGCUCACCCCGUGUCGACAAUACUACAAAUGGUCCUGGACGCUUAGAUGAGGCAGCUCGGAUGCAACGUGAUCUAGAUAAGGCUUGCUUGAAAUCGUUGGCCGAGCUGACAUACCGGUUGCCUUUGCAGCCCGGGGAUGGGCAAUCAGAUGCAGGGGCCAGCGAGCUCAAGUCUCAGAUGUUUCACACCUAUUUCAACCGUUUCCUCUCCCUCUUGAACCUGGAGACCUCUGAAGCCAGCAGAGCAGACCACGCCGGUAUCAUAUCGAGCCGAGACGAAUCAAGCUCCAUGUCCGACCUUGCCAUCACGGUUCUGUCAAACCUGCUCAGUGCCAACAUCGACGUUGGCUUGAAACACUCGCUGAGCAUUGGCUAUCAUGAGAACCCCGAGAUCAGGACAGCAUUUGUGAAGGUUCUGUAUAAUAUCCUCAUACAAGGCACCGAAUUCAACAAUUUGUCUGAUACGGCAGUCAACGAAAAAUACGACGAGCUGAUUGAUGUAGGUGGAGAGUCCAUACCAGAUGCGGAAGAGUACCUUACUGAAUCCUGUCUCCAGCUCCUGACAAGCGACACGACAUUGGCGACCGCAAUGAGCGCAAUCUGCCCCAGUUCCGAAGUCGACGAACUGACCAUUUCGCUUCUCAAUAUCUUUGAGACUCGGGGUCUCAGCUUCAUACUGCUCGAAGCCCUGAUCAAGCAAGAAGUCGAGGAUACCGAAAAUGAAGCAGAACUGCUCCGGCGGACCUGUGUAGCAACAAAGAUGCUCUCCGUCUAUGCCAAGUGGAAAGGUGCAGCAUACCUCCGGGCUACUCUGCAGAAAGUGGUCGAAAGGUUGAUGAUGACGGCAAAUGAUCUGGACCUUGAACUCGACCCGACGAGGGUAUCAUCCACGGAGGAACUCCAGAAAAACGCUCUUCAGCUGCGAAUUGUUGCGAAGGUGUUCAUUGACGACAUCUGCGCAUCCUCUGCCAGCAUUCCCUCGCAGUUUCGAAAGAUCUGCAGCAUUAUAUCUGCAGCCGUCAUGCCACGAUUCCAAGAAGCCAAAUACACAGCCGUCGGUGCGUUCAUCUUUCUGCGGUUCUUUUGCCCUGCCAUAGUGGCGCCCGAGGUCGAAGGGCUGGUCACCUCGCCGCCCACCAAGGAAAUGCGGCGAGGCUUGCUCUUAAUAGCCAAAGUCAUUCAGAACUUGGCAAACAAUGUCCUCUUUGGGGCCAAAGAACCGUACAUGUUUCCCUUGAAUGAUUUUCUGACACAGAACAUCUAUCGUGUCACGACGUUUUUGCGCGAGAUCUCGGUCGCUCCGGAGUCCGUUGACUCGGCUGGUGUGGAGGAGUCUUUCGAUUUCGGGUCGUGUGUUGCCCUUCACCGGUUUCUGUAUGACCAUUGGGAUCCCGUCCGACAACGUCUUGCGGCACAGCAGCGACGAGGCCUUGUCCGCUCCCCCAACGAACUUACACGUGGGAAGUCGCCCGUUCUCGAGCCCCUCAGGAAUCUCAUCACGAACUUAGGCCCGCCGCCUCUGGCUGUGACGUGGAACCGACCUCAGAUAUCGGCAAACAGCCCGCCAUCUUAUUCGCGAUUCCAAAACUUCAUGCUCCGCAACGCAUUCCGGAGCACAGAGUCUUUUGUCACCGCCCGUUCUGUCUAUGACGGUGGCGAGAAUGCCGAGACAAUCGACUACGACACGCUCAUAUACUGCUAUCUGAAGAUCGCAAGCCGGCUGUGGCACCGGCCAUUCGGACUUCUUAUCGAUGCCACAUGCUACAACGGCCAGCAUGAGCCACAGGAUGAACUUCUCCAGCGACUCGAGCUCUUGACCCCGACAGAACUGUCCCGGCAACUAUCUCGAGUCUACGUAUACAACAUGAACACUGCUUUCCGUAAAUGCUUCCGGAGAAUCCUGCGCGCAUCCGCUAAGAAUGACAGUAGUGUGUUCAAUCCGCGCAAUGUUGAGUAUCACCUCAUAGGCAGUCUACAAGACCUGCAGACCCAUUUCCAUCUCAGCCAGCUCCAUCUUCCAAAGGAGACGAUCAGUGUGGUGACGGAUACCAGAUACGUGUUCCAGCCCAUCACGCGACUCUCCAAGACCAAGGGCAAAAUUGAAGUCCUCAUCAAGGUCGGAAGUCAAUUUGUUCAAGUCACAACAACGAAGAAGCAGGAGGUUUACCAAGGUUUCCGGCUCAGUACGACUGUCAAUGAUAUUUUCAGAUUGGGCGAUGUUGAUGAAGCGCCGACGUCUAUACAGACCGAAGAUGACUCUGCAUUUGGCCUGAGAGCAGACAAUGGCAAGAUCGUAAUGUACUUCACCAGCCCAAAGAAGGCCGACGUCCUCCAGGCCAUACGUGGUGCCAAGGUGAAGCACGGAAAGGACACAAGGGCUCUGAAGUCAUUCGAACGACUCAUUCGACCGCAAGACGUGCCUGGGACUCUUCUGAAUCUAGCAUUGACCAAUUUGGGUAGCCAAGAUCACACCUUGAGGCUGUCUUCGUACAACCUUCUUGGAGCUCUUUGCCGGGCAUUCAAAUUCAGCGCGGCCUCGAGUGUGAUGAGCACCAAGGAUAUCUCUGUACCACUCGACCCAUCUCAAUUCAUCAUCAAUACGAGCAAAAGGCUAGCCCAGACGGAACCGCAGCUGACGUUGGACUUUUUGAAUGAGUUCUUCGUGGGAUGGGACAGUUUUUCGGAGGAGCAAAAGCCGUUGAGCUUGGCCUACAUGGCUCCCUGGUUGCCUGGCUUACGAACGUACAUGCUAGCAGCGGAAGUUGAGGCCGACAAAGCAAGGGAGAAGAUUGCGGCCUUGUUCAGGAAACUCAUCGAUGUUGCCCUGUCUGACCCAUCACUCAACUUCACACUGGAGCAGACCGUCUGGCCGGCCAUCCACCACGAUGAGGUGCUGCUUGACAUCCUGUCAGAGGAGAUUUUCAAGACGGCCCUGAGUCUAGGUCUGCACGACGAGCACACCGAAGUCUUGACCUCGAUCAUGACGGCCAUUGGGACCGUCACUUUACGAGGCAGGGUGAUAUCGCGGCUGCGCAAGGCCCUCAACCGGUCUUCGCUACGCCCAACCAAGUUCCUCCCGGACAAUGCAGUCUGGCCAGAGAUAUGCGUCCUCCUGCAAUUUUGCGUCUCCUUCUCCUUCGACAGUGGCAUCCAGUCACAACUCUACCUGCCAGAAAUAUUCCACAUAGUCACCAUGCUGGCCAACACGGGCACACCUGAUGUGCGAUUCUUGGUUCAUCGACUGUUGAUCAACUCGAUCCACGCCGCCUGCACGUCCUUUGCUCUGGACGAGACCCGCCUCGGCAAGCUCCGGGGCACGCUCGACUCGUUAUCCGAGUCGAGGAGCGACAUGCUCUCGAGCUCACACAGCAUCAUCAUUCGGGAUGGGGCAUCGAUAUCGACACAUCACGACGCUGGCCCAACCCUUGCAGCGACCGAAAGCCUCGCGGGUAUCUUGUUCGAGAUCUGUUCGGUGGCUGCUCCCUCUGUGGACAUGGCAAACGCAUGGCGGUCGCGCUGGAUGAGCUUGGUAGCAAGCACAGCUUUCCAAAACAACCCGGCCAUCCAGCCCAGAGCUUUCACCGUGAUGGGUUGCUUAGCGCGAGAAGAGGUCGACGACGACCUGCUGUACCAGGUGCUCGUCGCUCUGCGCCAGAGUGUUGGCCGCUUCGGCGAGGACAACAACAGUGACAUGCUCGUGGCGAUUGUGACGUCUCUGUCGAGAAUGAUGGCAAAGCUUCCAUCGGCCUCGAGGUACGGAUUACAGCUAUUCUGGCUUGCAGUAUCUCUCCUGCGGCUUGUGCCGUCAGAAUUGUUCAGCUGUACCGCCAUGUUUCUGGAGUCUGUCCUAACCAACAUCAACACCACUACGGACCUGAAGGGCGACAAGAUGGUGCCCCUACUCCUCCAGGGGAGAGCCCAACUAGAAGACGCCGCCCUCUUGCUUGACGACGUGUAUGGGGUGCAUUUUAACGCGGAGAGUUUCCAUUUCGCUGCCUGUGCGUGCCUCCUACGGGGCCUGUCGGAACCGGCCAGUAAAGCUACCGCUUUGAGAGUGCUGUCCAUGUUCUUCGAGAUGUCGAGCUGGGCGCCGGCAAGCACACAGCAGGACACCAAGUCUUUGGCUGGCUCGCCUUACAUGGCCCUCAUUCUGGCUCGAGCUGGCGACCCGGAAGAACUGAAGGAGAGCCUUUGGCUGGCUGGCGUCGAUGCUCCCGGGACCACCAGCAUAUCCGAGAUUCGAGGGGCACAAGACUUGAGCCUGAUGAAAGAUAAGGACCUCCUGCUGAAUACGGCGAUGAGUCUGGUUGACUUCCAGUAUCUGGAGGAGGCUGUGGCAAAUAGAAACCUCCAGUGGCUCAACGUGUUGGCAGCGGCGAGGCCGGCGGUGAUCCUGCAUCUGUAA